AUGACAGAAGAUCAAGAUGCUAAAGACUCUCAAUCUGAUUCGGGCAGUAAAACCUUUGUUAAUAAAAAUAGGGAUAAUAAGAAAACUAAAACUCAACGGCCUUUGACAAAAAUAAUAUUUCGUCGAUUACCGCCUAAUAUGACGGAGGAAGCAUUCUUGGAUCAAGUAUCACCAAUACCCGAGCAUGAUUAUUUCUAUUUUGCUAAGCCUGAUCCGUCCCUCGGCAGUAAUUUUUAUUCCAGAGCUUACAUAAAUUUUGUUAAUGUUGAUGACAUAUAUCUCUUUAGAGAUAAAUUUGAUGGGUAUAUUUUUGUAGAUGAAAAGGGACUUGAAUAUGUAGGUAUAGUGGAAUAUGCUCCAUUUCAAAGAAUACCUAAGAAAAAGAAAAAGAAGGAUCCAAAAUGUGGAACAAUUGAAAGUGACCCAAUAUAUCAGGACUUUAUAGAAAACUUGAGUAAAGAACCUGAAUCUGAAAAUCAACCAAAACUUGAAUACUCUUAUCCCAUUAAUGAUGUUAAUGAAAAGAAGGUCCAGUCUACACCAUUACUAGAAUAUUUAGCUGCACGUAAAGUUGAUAAACGUGGAAGAGAUGAACGACGUAGAAGAGAAAAUGAUAAAAGGAAGAUGAGGGUUGAAAGAAAGUCUAAAGAUAAUUCAGCUAAGGAAGAUGAAGUGGCAGAGAACGAUAUUAAGAAAAUAAAAUCUAGAGAAUGGGAAAAAGAUAAAUCCAUUACAGAUUCCAAAGAAGAUCUAAUAAAACAAGAGAGCAAAGAUGGAACAGUGUUUGAAUCUAAAGCAUACCGGGAGCAACGUAAACUUGGUGGGACAGCAAUUACAGACAAAAAGAAAAAGCUAGAUAACGAUAAAAAAGAUGAUGAAAUAGCAGAGGACGUUACAUUCAAAAAAGAUAAGAGAGAUAAAUUUAAGGAAUCUCUUCGUGAACAGAAAAGUAAGAAGUAUAGUGACACAAGAAAAGAAAGAAUAAAUAAAACAGAAUUCGUUAAAACUGAAAAGCAAUCAGUAAUCAGCAAAAUGAUAUCAUCAGAAAAAUCUAAAUCGCACAAUUAUGACGAUAUUAAACCAUUUACUCAACUUCCUCAAGUUAAAACCCACGAUUUGACCAGAAUGAUUGAAGGUUUAGACAAAAAAAUUAAACUAGAUGAUGGUCAACUUGAAAUAAAAAACGAAUCUAGUGAUGGAGUGCAAGAUACCGAAGAUACCGUCAAUAAAUUGAGACGAAAUAGUUUAGAAUCUAGUGAAGCUACAAUGACAGAGGAUUCAAUGCUUAGCCGCCAAAAAUCUCUUAAUGAUAGGGGAAAAUCAACAGAUAGAGAAGAAUCUGAAGAGGUUGACAAAAACGAAAGCACUGACCGUCGCACUGAACGGCGUAUCAGGAAUAAGGAUCGCCCAAGCCUCGUCAUUUAUCAGCCAGGAAUGGGCAAAUUUAGUAAACAGAGACUCGCAAAAGAAGCGCAGCCAACAACUACAGCAAAAGCUAUGAAUGAUAGUGAGAAAAAAGAUACU